AUGGCUUCUCGGCUGCCAGCUUUUCCCCGGGUUGUGUUCACUAUAUUCGAACCUCUGUCUCUGAUAAGCGGCAGUCUUCCAGCCAUUCUCGCACCGGACUGGUUUAUCCAGGAACAGAUCGCCGGGACCUCCGGGACGGUUGCAUCAGACCGCAGCCGCCUCGUGGCCCAGCAGCUGGGGAACACGUAUGGGCUUCUGUUCCUCCUAGGCGUUGCCGUGCUCUACACCAGCACAGAACUGAGAGUCGUGCGGAAUUAUCUCGUAGCGCUGCUCAUCGCGGACGCCAGCCACGUUGGGUUUACCAUCUGGGGGCUUGGCCUAGCCCGAUUUAUCGCCGUCGAUGAGUGGAACGCGAUGACGUGGGGGAACAUUGGUGUCACUACUCUCCUUGCCCUCACCCGGGUAGCCUAUCUGCUGGGUCUCUUCGGCCCGGAUAAACCGGGAACGGGUGCCAUAUCCAAGAAGGCUGAUUGA